AUGCUCGCCCAACUCCCCUCAUUUCGAUUCCUCGUUACGGGCGCCACGAUCGCGCUUUUCACGCUCACAUUCUUGCUGCUAAGCACACGCCAAUCGAGCGGUUCGUCGCUUCGAUACCUCGCCAAGACGCAGCGACCAAGCUCGAAUUGUCUACCCUCUUUCCAGGCCCCGUUUAAUAUCAGUGGAGAUUGGGAUUUUGUUGUUGGUCGGGAUGGAAGUGACCAUGGAAUGUCAGAGGAGCGGUGCAAAAUAGCGUUUCCGAAGCUUUUUGGGGAAAUUGAGAAAUCUGCUGCGCUGAGGGCUCAGAGUCGGAUUUCUUAUGCCGAGCUGGAUUCGCGGGAGGUUGAGGAUGGGAUGGUGCGAGUUAUUAUUGACAAAGGCGAGUUAUACAUCGUCGAAUUCGCACCUCAACCUGUGACGGCCUCGCGUGCUCGCGCAACCCUCAACUCCCUCCAUCGUGCCCUGAAAGCAGUUCCUGACCGCCAAAAUCUCCCAAGCAUCGAAUUCAUCUUCACAUCCGAGGACUUUGCCAACGAUCCAACAGGCAAAGGACCCGUAUGGUCGUACUCGAAACGCGACGGCGAUGACUCGGUUUGGCUGAUGCCGGACUUCGGAUACUGGGCCUGGCCAGAAGUCCAAGUUGGACCGUACCAAGAAGUCCGGCAACGCAUUGCCGCGAUUGACGAUGGCGAAACCGCGCCAGAUGGAACGAUCACGCCGGGUCUUUCCUUCCAGGAUAAAAAGAAGCAGCUUGUCUGGCGUGGGAGUCUCGCUACCAACCCCGGGAUACGGACCAAACUGCUCAAAGCCUCUAGUACCAAGAGCUGGGCUAGUGUCCGGGUCAUUGAUUGGGAUGAUGAAACCGAUAUCAGAUACAACCUUCUCCCCAUUGAAGAUCACUGUCGCUACAUGUUCCUCGCGCACACCGAGGGGCGCAGUUUCUCUGGCCGUGGAAAGUAUCUGUUGAACUGUCGAUCUGUGGUCAUUUCGCAUCCACUUAAUUGGCGCGAGGCACAUCACGCUGCCCUCGUUUCUUCCGGCCCGGAUGCGAACUUCAUCGAGGUGCAGCCUGAUUUCUCAGAUCUCUCGCAUAAGAUUGACUACCUUAUUGACAAUCCGCUUGUUGCGGAGCGGGUUGCGAAUAAUGCGGUACGCACGUUUCGAGAUCGCUAUCUCACACCUGCGGCCGAGUCUUGUUAUUGGCGUCAGCUUGUUCGGGCUUAUGCCUCGGUUUGUGAUUUCGAGCCUGUUCUCUUCUCUGUUGGGCGGGAUGGAAAGAAGAUCUCGCGGGGCGUGCCUUUUGAGACAUGGUUGCUCAUGCAUUGA